UAGGGGAUUGGAGUUUUCUUCUGUAUCAUAGUAGGGGAUUGGAGGUUUCUGGACUGUGUUUUGCCUUUUACUGGGAUGACUUUUUGAAAUGCUGCUGGGGUGCUGAUGAUUGGAGGGUUGCUGUGGACUUUUUGCUGGUCUGGUGCGCUGCUCUGCUUUGCUUCAGUAUGCUAUCUGUUUUUCUGGCAAAUUGCUGCUGUGAGUUGUGCUGAGUAAACAAAGGACUGGGAUGUGUGGGGUUCAUAGCAUACUGGAAUGGGGUUUUCAGCAGCUGGGGGAAGCUGAUCUUGACUGUCUGAAGCUAGUUCUUUUAGGCUGAGCUGGUCUGAAGCUUCAGUUUUGAUGACAAGAGGAGUUGAGCUGCAGGGGAAGAAGCUGAGCUAGGAGGACUCUCUCUUUCACAACUAGAAAAUGGAUUGUUUGCAGAGUGCCAGAAAAUAAUUGCUUCUCUUGGCCGACAGUUGAAAUCUCUUGUAACCCUGGAAGAUACAAUGUUCCAACAGAGUAAGAGCAGGAGUUGAAGUGAAGAUCAGUGAUAAUGAGAAACAAAGAAAACCAAAACGCAAUAAAGGAAACUGGUUUUGAGUCUUAUAUGAUUGUAAAGCAGGGGCUUAGUCAUUAUUGGUAGAAACUAAGCAUUGAAAGUGUAUCAGCUUUGUAUUUAGAUACAUGUUCUCUCUUUCAACUUGAUUUGUGCAAUGACCUUUGAUUUCUUAGUUCUGUGACUGCGAAUUUUGUAUUACACAACUUCUUAUUAUAAAAUCAUUA